UCAAGUUUUUUGAUGUCCAUUGUGAGAACACUGUCAUCUAGUGCUGAUUUUGAACAAAGGGAAAAGGAGAAAACUAGAAUUGAGAAGGCUUUUAAAGAAAGUGAAAAGAGACUUGGUGAAUUAGUGACAGGAAAUUAUCAAGAUGUAAUUAAGGUGUUACAAGCUUUUAGUUCCAUGACAAAAAGUAUACAUGAGUCAAGAAUUAAAAUGAGAAAAAUAAAAGAUGAUCUAAAGUCUUGUAAAACUUUAUUACAUUUUAAACGAGACGAACUCCGAAAAUUAUGGAAAGAUGGUGUAGAACAUAAAACAGUUUUAGCCAUGUUAGAUCAAGUAGAACAAAUGAGAGAGAUACCUGAUAAAAUGGAUACAUUUGUUGCUAGUAAACAUUAUUUACAUGCUACUGAUAUUAUAGUAGGUGCAGUUGCCAAAUUAGAAGGUCCUUUAUCUGAUGUUGAAGCAUUAAGAGAUUUGAAAGUGGAAUUAGUCUCUAGAAAAGAGAAACUUCAUGAAAUAUUAAUAGAAGAAUUACAUCAUCAAAUCUAUGAGAGGUCUAUAGAGAUAUAUGGUAAUAAUAAACGUCAACGGAAAGACCAUACAUCAUUAUCUACUGUUACACCUAUAACACCUGAUAAAUAUAGACUGAAUACAGGUUAUGAUUUACCAGUUGAUCUACAUGAUGAGAAUAUAGUUAUAUCUGGUAAUGUUACAGAAGAUAUUAAUGUUGAUCCUGAAGAAAGUCUCCCACAUUUUAUAUCUAUUUUGAUAGAAUCAUUAUCUGUUUUAAAACGUCUUCCUGAUGCUAUAGAGGCCAUUAAAGUUAAAAUGGAACCAGAAUUGUUGAAUUUAGUUGCUAAAACUUCACAGCAAGUUGUAGAAAAUGCCUGUCAACAAGGAGAAACAUUAGCCUAUCAGUCACAACCCAGAUAUUUACUGGAGUUUCUCCAGAAUGUCUUCUCUCAUUUCCGCUGUGUUGCCAGAUUACAUGAAAUUAUUCUGAAACAUAUUAACAGAAUCAGUGUAAGUAAACUGAUAUCUGUAUUGAUGUAUGAUAUGAAAGAUGUCUGGUCUAAAAUACAAGCUGUGCUACAAGUCUUAUUGAGUGAAUAUUUAGAUGUACAGAAUACUCUUUCAACCAAUCAACAAUCAACUUCAGCUUUUGAUGAGCCUAGUACAGAUAUUAAACAUUAUUUUAGUAAGAAAAGGAUGCCCAAACCUAAAAAGUUAUCACUGUUUAGAUUUGAUGCGUCUCUACAAGCUUUAAGUACUAAUAGUUAUAUUGAUGAUAAUAGACAAUUUGAUACAAUUGAAUAUUUAGGAGAGCCUGGUUUAUUAGCUGGUAUGUCUAAACAUCAGUUUGUUUGUAAACCAUCAGCUAAUAAUAUAACUACCAUCUAUAAACCAUUGAAAAAAUUUAUUAAAGAAAUAGAAAAAGCUAUGGAAUGUCCUGCCAGUCUACAAGAGUUUGUUGGUGAAUUUUUACAGAAGGCGUUUUUAGGCCAGGUUCAUCAAAGAGUAUCAAAAUCAAUAGAUGCAGCUACACGAGGUUUUGAUGCAUUACGUCAUGUUAUUGAUGAGAAGAAUCGUAGAGAAUUAGGAGUGCCAAGACCAUUGUUACAGAGUACGGUUACAGUAGAGAGAAAUAUACAAGAACUACGAGAAUUAAUGCAAGAUUUACCUGAUUGUUCAGAGAGGUUUUUAAAUAUGAUUUGUAAUGUAUUAGGUGACUAUAGAGAUAAAUGUCAUUCAGCUUAUAGAGAUAUUGUACAACAUGGAUCUGAUGAAAAAAGAGUGAUAUCUGCUAUGUGGGCUAAAGAUGAAGAUAUCAGUAGAUUCUUGAGAUCUUUACCUGGCUGGAGAACAUUACAACCUGGAGAGGGUCAAGAGCUAGAUAGAACUGUAUGUUCUGAGGAUGAGAUGAGAGCUUUGAAUUCUAAAGAAGCUGUUAUAUUAAUAACUAAUUUAUCCUCUGAUGAAAAUCUCAUACCACAAAAUGAAAUUAUAACUGAUAUAACUCAAAUGAGAACUGUAGCUAAUGUUCAUGAGAGUUUGGAAUGGUUUGCUGGUGGUUUAAGACAAUUUGUAUCAACAUUAAAAUCUAAAUCUAGUGGAGAUCAAAGUAUUUCUUCUACUGUAAGUACUGACAUCCCACCAGUUGAAGACAAAAUAUUACAAUCAUUAAGUAAACUUGUUCAAGAUUUCCAAGAUUUAGCUGAGAUUUGUUUAUUAUUGUUACAUUUAGAAGUUCGUGUACAUUGUUUUUAUUAUUUAUUACCUGUCGCUAAACAAUCUAACUAUGCUGGACCUAUAGAUGAUUUAGAUCCUGAUUCUAAUGUAUUAAAAUUAAAUAAAGAUCUUACUAGUAUGGAGGAAGUAUUAGCCCAGAGUUUACAACCUAAAAAAUUCAAGUAUAUAUUUGAGAGUCUAGGAUAUCUUGUAGCUUCUAUACUUAUUAACAGUAUUCAAUUCUUAAAGAAGAUUAAUGAAAAUGGGAUCAAGAAAAUGUGUAGGAAUAUCCUAGCUAUUCAACAGAAUCUAACCAAUAUAACUUUAACAAGAGAGGCUGAUUUAGAUAGAGCUCGACAUUUUUAUGAACAAUUAUAUCUUUCACCAGACGAUAUUUUGUCAUCAGUAGUAGAGAAAGGACCACAGUUUACUGGUAUAGAAUAUAGUCAAUUAAUACAGUUAUAUCAUAGAAGUCAUCCUGCUAUAUCAGCUUCUACACAAGAUAAACAUUUACAACGUCUUAAUGAAGUCAUGGAAAAAGGACAGAAUGAAACAGUGUAA